AUAAAGAAUCCAUGAAAUUGGAAAUAUCAACUGGCUGUUGACGGUUCACAUUCUUCCUUUAUAAUCCAGUGGCCGUGUGAAGAAGAGAUGGGAAAAUGGCAAACUUUCUACUGAAAGUUCCAAGCACCCUUCGCCUCUUUUCUAUUUCUUCGUCCUCUAAUGGGCAUGGUCGUAGUGCACCUCAAUCAGGCGGGCCAGUGAUUCUGGAACUUCCGCUGGAUAAAAUCCGAAGACCCCUCAUGGCCACUAGAUCUAAUGAUCCACAGAAGGUGCGGGAAUUGAUGGAUAGUGUGAGCAAGAUUGGCCUCCAAGUACCUAUUGAUGUGCUGGAAGUUGAUGGAGUUUACUAUGGCUUUUCUGGGUGUCACCGCUACGAAGCUCACCAACGGCUCGGGCUUCCCACAAUCCGUUGCAAAGUUCGGCGCGGAACAAAGGAGACAUUGAGGCAUCACUUGCGGUAGAUUCCCCCUUUUGCCCCUCAAGGGUUUUCUCAUUGCAACACAUGCGAGUGGUCUUGUGUAUUUUUAAGAAAAAAAUGUUUGUAUUUUUGGAAAGGUAUAUGUACUGUAGCUGAAACCCUAAGAAAGGGAUCCCAACUGGUGAACAUGAACUAGAUGUGGCAUUAGUCUUCUGAAUAUGUAAUGCUAAGAUGAACAAUAAUAUAUUAUUUGGAUGACUAGAAAAUGAAGAGAAAAUAAGAGGAAAAGAAAAAGAACAUAUUCUU